AUGCUCGACAUUACAGUCACCGGAAACCAUCGAGAGAUUGGUCUUGCAACAGGCCGACAAGCUGCGGUUCAGGUCGCUGGCUCGAUCAACUUUUACAGACUUCUGUUCAAAGCAUUUAAUGACCUGGAGUGGUCCACUGUGCGCGAGCAGGUCACUCAAUUCCAACCAUUCAUCAAGGAUCGUUUCCCACGGUAUUACGAGGAGAUAGAAGGAAUCGCCGAGGGCGCAAGAGUUGACUUGCUUGAUGUCUUGGCUCUCAAUAUCCGCACCGAGAUUGCUUUUGGCCUCUUUGACGAAACCUCUAGGCGGCCUAUGGCGAUUGAAGGAGUGGUUGAUGGCUGCACCACACUUGGCUGGAAAACCCCAAGCGGGUCAACUUUCCUGGCUCAGAACUGGGAUUGGAAGAGCAAGCAGAAGCCCAACUUGAUUAUUCUGCGCGUCAAUCCUACCGUUUCAGACUUGAAUCUCCCAAGAUUCCAGAUGAUAACAGAGGCUGGUAUAGUCGGCAAGAUUGGAUUCAACGAGUAUGGAGUUGGCUGUCUUCUCAACGGCAUUCGCGCCAAGGGAGUAAACUCGGAGCGCAUGCCCAUUCACUUUGCCCUCCGAACCAUCCUAGAGUCCAAGUCCGCAAGGGAGGCUUUAGAUAAGAUUGAAGCUAUCGGUCUAGCUGGGAGCAGCCACAUCCUCGUCGGAGAUGCGACUGGUCCGACGGGCUUGGAGUGCACAAGCAUAGGAUUCCAAGAAAUCCCCGCCGAUGACCAAGGCCGCGUGGUUCAUGCAAACAAUCUGAUACUGAAACAUGAGGGAGUUUUUGAGCCUCUGUGGCUCGAGGACUCACCGAAGCGCACAGCCCGCCUGACCGAGCUGGCCACGAAAGAGGUCGGUGAGAAAGCCUCGUUUGAGACGCUGCUUGAGCUGUUCAAGGACGAGCAGAAUGCACCGGCUGCUAUUAAUCGGCGCCAGCACGGGAACAAUGACUCAAAUACUCUGUUCAAUGUUGUUUAUGACCUGGCAAAGAAGAAGGGUGUCAUCUCUGUUGGUAGACCAACAGAGAUAGAAGAGCAGAUAGAAAUUGGUUUCUAA